AUGGUAUUGUUUGCUUGGUGCGGUGGCUUCACGGUGCUGCUCAUCACCGCCUUCGUGCUGGCACCGGUGCGGCUACCGCUAAGCGAGUACCAGCGUGCCAUGCUGCCGGCCGCGCUCGCCACGCUCGUCUGCGUCCCCAGCGGCAUUAUUAUCGAGAGAUACGGCCGGCUUCCGGUGCUACGUCUGGGCGGCGCACUCUCCGCCAUCGGCUGCGCCACGAUCGCCGCGUACUUCUUCCUUGCCGCGGAGUCUCAGGAGCGCCUCGGCUGGAUUGUACUGACGGGCGCGGCCCUGACGCAGGUGGCCUUUGUUGGUAUGAUAGCCAACGUCACAUUUAACUUCGCCAUCGAGCUGCUGCCCAACAAGACGCGCACCUUGGGCGCAAACAUCGCCCUUGCUGAAAUAAAUUUUUGUACAUUUGUCCUGAUGAAAAUGUACCCAGUCAUUAAAGGAGCGAUCGGUCUGGGUGGAGGCUUCAUCAUUCACAUGUUGGCGAGCUUGUGCCAGGUGUUAUUUGCCACAUUUUGUCUCAAGGAAACAAAGGGUCUCUCGCUGGAACAGAUUCAGCACUUGUUUCGGAGCGCUGACAAGGAAUCCUGA